AAGGAAGGGGGAGAAACAAUGUAGGGUAAUAACAAUCUCUCUCUUUCUUUCUUUCUAAAAGAAAAAAACGAGGGUAAACGAGAGGAAUUAAGAGAUUACUUUCGCUUCCCUCUGUCUAUAUUUAGUCUUCCCCCCUCCACUACCCCAUGUUAUGAAAUUAAUAUCUAUGAUUUCUUCCAACUGUUGGUUAGACAAAACAACAAACAUAAUUCACCAGUAAUUAAGAGGAAAAAUUGAAUUGACAAUUCUAUUAAAUUACUCUUUUUUUCAUGCUUUAUCAUAAUUAUACAUAAUACCUUCGUUACUAAGUAUUUAUUUAGUAUAAACUGAUCUCAAAUUACUGCCAUUGUUAUUGAACACAUAUUGAAUCAAUAACUUUCCAAUUGAAUAGUUCAAAAGAAAUGUCAAAUUCUUAUAAUACAAUAUCAAGUAAUACACCUUCAAUAAAUUUCCAUAUUCAACAAUUAUUACAUUCAUCAAAUAAUGAUAAUACUUCAAGUGAUUUGACCAUAAAAAGAAAUAGAACAACAACAACGACGACAACAAUGACAACGUCGACGACGGCAACAACAACAGCAACAGAGAACAGAUAUAAUUCCAGGGAAAAAUAUCCAACAGUUUCAUUGAAUGAUACUCAUGAUACAAUAAAUCCAAAUAAAAAAGAUCAGUCCAAUAUAAAUACAACAAUCAUUACUCAAUUAUUAAAUAAUUAUGAUCCAGAAAAACUUUUAUUAUUUACAAAAUUAACACAAAAUUUAUGUAAAGAUCUUACUGAAAUCCCAUCUGAAUUACAAAGUUCUUUAAAAACUAAAUUAGAUAUUACAAAAAUGUUUCAUUAUCUUCAACAAUAUUAUCAUAAAGAUGUGAAUAAUAAUCUAAGAAAAAAAUUAUUGACUGAUGAACAACAUCAUCAUCAGUACCGUCACCAUGACUACCCUCAUGACCUUGAUGAGGAUCAUGGACAAGAUGAUAUGGUAACAGUCAAAGUCAAUGAAGAAUAUGAGGAUAAUUUGAAAUUUAUUAAAAAUUUAAUAAAAGAUUAUAUGGAAAGUAAAGAUAAUUCAUUGAAAACUCAAUUACAACAGGAUGAAUUGAAAUCUGCCCUAUUCUAUUCAACCAAUAAUAAUAAUAAUAGUAAUAAUAAUAUGGAUGAGAAUGAUGCAAAAUAUGCACAAAAAGUUUAUGAAUUUUUAACAAAUGAAUAUGGAACUCAUAAUUUAUUACCAUUUAUGUUACAUAAUCCUGUAUCCGGUUAUUCUUCAAUACAAAUUUAUAACAGAAACACAAUCUCGUCGAAACAAUGUCGACGUCGUAAAGCGCGAACUGUGUUUAGUGAUAAUCAAUUAAACGGUUUAGAGCAUCGUUUUGAAACACAACAUUAUUUAUCUACACCAGAACGUAUUGAGUUAGCGAAUCGGUUAAAUUUGUCAGAAACUCAAGUGAAAACUUGGUUUCAAAAUCGACGUAUGAAACACAAAAAGUUAAAGCGCAGUAUACCGGAUUUACAAUUUACACAAAAUAAUUCAUCUUCAAGAUGCCAAAGUUCUACAGGAGACGAUGAUAGAUGUUCGAGUGUAGAAGACAACGUCAAUGUCAAUAUUUCUUUAACAUCGAAUGGAAUUGUAUUUUCCUCAUCAUCAUCGUCAUCAUCUAACAUAAAUGAAAUUAUUGAUAUGACAUCAGGUCGUAGAAUUCAAAAGAAUCAAGAUAAUCAUUACGGUGUAGCCUCGGAAAUCAAAAAACAAGAAUUUCAUGGUAAUUAUGUUCAGAAUAACAUGGAAAACUGUAAUUUAUUCUCGAACAUAUCGUCUCAGAUAGAAGGAUCAAUAGUGACAUCAUCAACUUUAUUACCGAAAUCAACAGCUAUAUCUUCUUCAUCAUCGCCACUAACAUCACCAACAGUAUCAAUGUUGACAUCUUUAUCUUUCUCAAAUCCAUAUCCUCCUCACACUUCAAAUCUAAUGCCUAUAAGUGAUAAUCAUCGGAACUGGACAAAUUUCACAUCACAACUUAAAAUGGAUAAAAUAAUUAAAAAUUUUCUAGCAUAUGAUCAUAGCGAGAAAGAUUAUUCUGAAUCUGCUCUUGAUUUUACUACCACCACUACUACUACCACAACUACUACUACUGCUAAUAAUAAUCAUAACUGUAGUAGUGAUUCAAGUCCCAACUAUAUCCAUGACCAUUACAAACCUUCCAUCAUAUCAUAUGACAUCGAUUCCACAGACUACACGUGUAGCAAAGAUUAUUCACCAGUGAGAAAGAUAAAACCCGACUGA